GUGUAGGAAGGGGCGGGCACAGAAAGUUCACGUGAUUAAUGGCCGACCGCGGUUUAGCACGACUGAGAGAGAAAGGCCGCGACCGGAACCGGAAGCGGAGACGAACGGCUUGAAGAACGGUGUAGGCAGCAGAGUCGUGGCCGUACGGGGUUCUCCCACCCCCCCACUAAACAUCACAAUGGCAACUGAGAUUGGUUCUCCCCCGCGUUUCUUCCACAUGCCACGCUUCCAACACCAGGCUCCUCGUCAGCUUUUCUAUAAACGUCCUGAUUAUGCACAACAGCAGGCCAUGCAGCAGCUUACCUUUGAUGGCAAACGUAUGCGAAAGGCUGUGAAUAGAAAGACUAUAGACUACAACCCAUCUGUUAUCAAAUAUUUGGAGAACAGAGUAUGGCAGAGAGAUCAGAGAGACAUGAGAGCCAUCCAGCCAGAUGCUGGUUACUAUAAUGAUCUGGUUCCUCCUAUUGGGAUGAUUAACAAUCCACUGAAUGCGGUCACUACAAAGUUUGUGCGAACCUCCACCAACAAAGUGAAAUGCCCUGUCUUUGUAGUUCGAUGGACUCCUGAGGGUCGCCGCUUAGUUACUGGAGCCUCAAGCGGAGAGUUCACUUUAUGGAAUGGGCUGACAUUUAAUUUUGAGACCAUUUUACAGGCUCAUGACAGCCCAGUCCGAGCUAUGACCUGGUCACACAAUGACAUGUGGAUGCUGACUGCUGACCACAGUGGAUAUGUGAAGUACUGGCAGUCUAACAUGAACAACGUCAAGAUGUUCCAGGCACAUAAGGAGGCGAUUAGAGAAGCCAGUUUCUCCCCUACGGAUAAUAAAUUUGCUACCUGUUCAGAUGACGGCACAGUUAGGAUUUGGGACUUUCUUCGAUGCCAUGAGGAGAGAAUAUUGCGAGGGCAUGGAGCUGAUGUGAAAUGUGUUGACUGGCAUCCAACCAAAGGACUUCUGGUGUCUGGAAGUAAAGAUAGCCAACAGCCUAUAAAAUUUUGGGAUCCCAAGAAUGGACAGAGUCUUGCAACACUACACGCUCACAAGAAUACUGUAAUGGAGGUUAAGUGGAAUUUGAAUGGAAAUUGGUUACUUACAGCAUCGCGUGAUCAUCUUUGCAAACUGUUUGAUAUCCGCAACCUUCGUGAGGAGCUGCAAGUUUUCAGAGGCCACAAAAAAGAAGCUACAGCUGUGGCUUGGCAUCCAGUACAUGAAGGUCUUUUUGCCAGUGGUGGCUCUGAUGGUUCUCUUUUAUUCUGGCAUGUUGGAAUAGAGAAAGAAGUGGGUGGUAUGGAGAUAGCUCAUGAAGGAAUGAUAUGGAGUCUUGCUUGGCAUCCUCUUGGACAUAUUCUGUGCUCUGGAUCCAAUGAUCACACCAGCAAAUUCUGGACUAGAAAUCGUCCUGGGGACAAAAUGAGAGACCGCUACAAUCUGAACCUUCUCCCUGGAAUGUCAGAGGAUGGGGUGGAAUAUGACGAUAUUGAGCCAAACAAUCUUGCAGUAAUUCCGGGAAUGGGUAUUCCAGAACAACUGAAAAUAGCAAUGGAACAAGAACAAAUGGGAAAAGAAGAGGCAAGUGCUGUGGAGAUGACCAUCCCUGGUUUGGACUGGGGAAUGGAUGAGCUGAUGCAGAAAGACCAGAAGAAAGUUCCACAAAAGAAGGUUCCAUAUGCAAAGCCCAUCCCUGCUCAGUUUCAACAAGCAUGGUUGCAGAAUAAAGUACCACUUAUGCCAUCUUCAGAAGCAGCUCCUGAACGGAAAGAAGAGGUGAAACCUGAUGAGAAGAAAAAGAAUCAGUCUGAGAUUGAGCAGGAAAUGGCAGCACUACAGUAUACUAACCCCCAGCUGCUGGAACAAUUGAAAAUUGAAAGAAUAGCCCAGAAGCAGGCAGAGGCUCCAGGGCAGACACAGGGACUUGCUUCUCCUUUGGGUGUACCUCCUCCAAUGCCUUCUGCUUUUCCACCUGGCCCACAGACUCAACCUCCAAUGAGUUUUCAGCAAUCUCUUCCACCCCAGCAGAUGACAAUGAGCAUGCCACCUGGCCCUCAAGGACAAUUUAGACCACAAGGGCCUCCUCUAUCUGCAGGUCCACAGGGUUUCAUGGGUCCUGGACCACAGAAUAUACGACCUCAAGAAAUGCAUCCUGGAAUGCCCAGACUUCCUGUUUCUCAUGGACCAAUGGGACCCCAGGGUCCUCAAGCUGCUUCCGGGCCACCAGGUCAUUUGGGUCCUCAAGUGACACAAGGUCCUCUAGGAGUACAGGCUCCACAUCAUGGCAUGCAAGGAGCACCUGGUCCUCAGGGGCCACCUAUGGGUGUGGCUCCUAGAGGAGCCCAAGGCCCUCAUGGACUGCGCGAUAAUCAGGGGCCUAAUCAAGGUAUGCUUAUGGGACAUCCAGCACAAGACUUAAGAGGUCCAUCUGGACCAUUAAUUGGACAUGGACCAAUGGAAAUGAGAGGCCCUACAGAUAUGCGUGGACCUCAAGAUAUGAGAGGACCUCCUGAAGUACAUGCACCUCGCCUAUCUGACAUGAGAGGUCCUCCUCAGGAUAUGAGAGUUGCUCCAGAUAUGCAUGGACCCCAGGAUAUCAGAGGUCCCCCAGACUUGCGAGGACCACCAGAUAUGCGUGGCUCUCAGGAAAUGAGGGGGCCACCAGACAUGCGAGGCCCUCAGGACAUGAGAGGGCCACCUGAUAUGCGUAAUUCUAUUGAUAUGCGAGGUCCAUAUGACAUUCGUGGCCCCCCAGAUAUGCGGGGCCCUCCAGACAUGCAUGGACCCCAGGAUAUUCAAGCUCCCCCUGAUGUGCGCGGUCCUCCGGAUAUGCGUGGUCCUCCAGAAAUGCGGGGACCACCUGAUAUGCGUGGCCCUCAGGAUAUGCGUGGUCCCCCUGAUAUGCGUGGUCCCCCAGAAAUGCGAGUACCUCAGGAUAUGCGAGGUCCACCUGAUAUGCGCGGCCCUCCUGAAAUGCGUGGACCCCAGGAUAUGAGAGGCGCUCCACAAGAUAUGAGGGGAGGUCCUGAAAUGCGUGGCCCACAAGAUAUGAGGGGUGGUCCUGAAAUGCGUGGUCCACAGGAUAUGAGGGGAGGUCCUGAAAUGCGUGGUCCCGAUGUGCGUGGCCCACAGGAUCUGAGAGGUGGUCAUGAUAUGAGGGGCCCUUCUGAUAUGCGAGGACCUCAUGAUAUGAGAGGGCCACCAGAAAUGCGUGGUCAGCAGGAUAUGAGGGCUCCACCAGAGAUGAGAGGACCUCAGGAUAUGAGGAGAUCAAGUGAAAUUAGAGGAUCUCAUGACUUGCGCGGUCCCCAACAUAUGAGAGGUACACCGGACUCAAGGGGAUCGUCUGAUAUGCAUGUAUCUCAAGACAUACGAAGUCCUCAAGAUAUGAGGGGUCCUCAGGAUUUGCGUAAUCUUCAAGAGGUUAGAGGACCUCCAGAUAUGGGUGGCCCUCAUGAAAUUAGAGGUCCUCAAAGCAGAGGGACAAAUUUAGGACUACCUCAAGAUGCUCGUGGACAAUCAGUGCCCCAAGGACAGCCAGGAAGUUCCCAACAGAACCCACCGAGGGCUUCCCACCCCCCAUCACAGAAAGCCUCUUUAUUGGGAGAUGGUCCUAGGCCUUUCAACCAGGGUGGCAAAAGCCAAGCUCCACCUCCUCUGUUACCUGGCCUAGGACCACAGGGUCGUGCACCUCCACAUGGACAAGGACCAAGUUCUAAUAAAGGUGAUGUACGUGGCCCUACAAACCACCAGCCUGAACGACGACGUGAGCCAAGUCCUUUCCGAAGUGGCCAAGAGUGGAUGGACUCCAGAGACAGUAGAGCACCUUCGGACAGACGAGGUACAGCCCCUGAGGUACACGAGAAAUCUGAUGAAUACUUCACAGAUGAUCGAUUUGGACCACGUGCACAUGAGUUUGAUGGGAGAGGUGGAAGUUCUGCAUUACCAGAUGACAAAUGGAGGCGAGGAGGUUCUAGCCCACAAUAUCCCCCCAAUCAAAGAGAUUACCCUGAUCGAGAAAGAGAUUCAACCCGAUGGGAGGGGAGGAGGCACUCGGAUGACCAGUAUCCCAGAGAAGACGAUGUGAGGUUUCGUGGACAAAGAGAUGAAAGUUUCCGCAGGUCUGGUCCUUCGAGACAUGAGGGUCGUGGCUCUAGAGGAAGGGAAGAAUUCUUUAAUUCAGAUGAAUUUGGUCCUGAUGACAACUAUGAUAUGAAGGAUGAACCUGGUAGAGGGCGGGAUUCUGUUAGAGGUCGCGGUCGAGGUUCUCAGAGAGAAGCAAGAAAAGGACUUCUACCCACCCCAGAUCGGUUUCCGGUUUCAGAUCGGGGGCCUAAUACCCAGUCUCGAGAGCAAAGCAGAGAUGAGGGUCCAGAUCACUUUCAGGACAGUCCUCAGCAGGACAUUCCAACCCCAGAAAGUCACUCUCCAGCCAGCAGGGAGCGUUCAUCUUCUUUACAAGGCAUGGACAUGGCUUCUCUACCACCACGCAAAAGACCUUGGCAUGAUGGGCCUGGAACCCCUGAUCCUAGAGAUAUGGAUGCGAUGGGAGGCCCAGGAGACGACCCUGGGAAAGCCCGUGAAAUGUCUGGACCUCCACCACGGUCACAAAGACUAAGCCGUUCCAGCUCCCAAGAACAUGAGGAGAGUUCCACAAGGGGUUCUCGGGGAAAUUGGGGCCGAGGAGGAUCUGGAUCUAACAGCAGUAUAAGCUCUAGUCAGUGGAGAGGAGGCUCUCGGGGGAGUGGAAGUAGCAGCGGAGGUGGGAGGAGUCGAUAAAGAGUCCAUAUUGGACCAAACAUAACAGGACUUUUAAGGAUGGCAGUGACAUCCGUGCUGAAGAGGAUUGUGCUUGUGACUAUAACUAUAUUCAUUGCUGGAACACUGGAAACAACAUAGAACUCCAGGGAAAGAAGCAAUCAACCAUAUUUGUUUUUCUUGUUUUUGUUUUAAGUCCUUUUCCAUCAGUGCUAAGGUCCUCGCAGCUGUCACUUCCUGCCCUUUCUUCCUUCAAAAACUGGGAGAAAAAAAAAAAAACUGCAAAAGUUUGUACAGUUUGUCAGUUAAAUAGAUGUUACGUUUUGUUUUGUAAGAAAUGCAGAAUGUAAAAGUUCUCAACAAAUAAUGGAAACAUUCUUCUUGUUUUACUUCCUUUUUGUUAAACAAUAUCUUGUUAAUAUGUAUGUUAAAGUAUCUUUUGAUUAUGAUGCUCCCCUAAGCGAAUUGUAGGCAUGAGGUGAUAGUCGCCCUUUUUGGCCACUGUGUGUGGGGGGACAAUUGAUCAGACACAUUAGUAGACUUGUCUUUCAUCCCCCAAUUGUACACUACAGGACACAGACGGAGUAUGUAUAGGCUGGUACCUUCAGGUGAUUGAUAUCGCACUACCCCACUCAAUGAGUCCUCAGUUUUUUGCUAAGCUUAUGGACCACUUCUCCCGGAGAAAUUAUUCUUAACCUUACUAGUUUAUUUUUUCUUCGGAUUCUUCAAUCAACUCUUUAGUCUUCUAGUGCAACCUCUGUAAAAAACAUUGAGAACAGUCCCUGUGCCCCCAUGCUGUGGAGACAGCCUGUAAUGUUGCUUCAAGUACUGCAUCCUGCAGGGGCGCACACAUUGGCACUUUGUGCAAUGCUUUAGCUGCAGGGUGCUAGACAAGUCCAGAAUUAUAGUCCAUCCCUAUGAAACCCAGACCCUGAAUACCUAAGACAGUGCAGCCUUCGUGGCCUGGCUGCAAACAGGCAGCGGCACGGGGGUUGGAAACCUUCAUCUAGAUAAUCAUCUUGUGAAGGACUACUUCUCUCCCUGCCAGUUAUCUGGAAACAUCCACACAACAAUUAAGAUUCUUCAAGUUUUUGGUUUGGUGAUCAACUUCCAAAAGUCUGCUCUCAACCUUCACUUUACUUGGCAUACUUAAGUUUAAUCCUGGACACAUCCCAAGCAAAAGUUUUCCUUCCAGAGUAGAAUCUACUCUCUCACAACUAAUGCUUGGCUCAUGAGAUAAGAGACGCGCUCUGUGAAAUUCUGCAUGAAAGUUCUGGGUCUCAUAGUUGUCUCUUUUUUUAA